AUGGCUUCCAGUUCCCAUAAUUCAAAGGCACAGGCUCAUGUCACCACCCCCCCUGACAGUCCACAUCAAGAAACACCGUCAGGGGAAAAUAAAAGUCAACUGUAUGCUAAUGCAAUCCGCGGACUAUUUGCUGGCGAGACAAGGGACAUUUCUCCGAUUGGACCACUUGACGAUGGCUCGGAGCCUAUCACAGUCAAUCAACUCAAUGGACUGCUGGAGGCAGUUUUGGCAUCCAAAGGAUCGCUAAGCCCCUCUGGAAUAGGCCAUGCCAGUUUAGAGCAGGGCAGUGACAAUACGACACAUGAUACAUCGGACACUUGCGGCAAUCCCCAAGCUUGGGACACAGUGACAGAAAUCGAUGACUGCCCAGGAGAAUUAUAUCGAUUCUCCCAGACAGCGCUCGACACUACAUCUGUGGAAGCUACGACGCCGCCAGAUAGUCCACACGUUGCCCCUUCGGAUUUCGUCACUAAAGAAGACCUGAAAUGGCUGUUUGUGGAAGUGCUGGGAAUUCAAAAGGCUCGAUCUACCUCGGAUGGCAAGGAUUCUACCAGCAAAGAGAAGCCCAAAGAACAAGAAAAUGGUAGAGCGAGAAUUCGCGCCUCAAAGGUGGAGUACAAGACCGUCAAUGAGGUAUGGGAUCCCGCGAAGUAUGAAUAUAAGAUCAUCAAUUCCGCCCCGGUACCGGACGUUGAUGAGUUAGACGAAUACAUAUUUGUGAUUCGUAAACGCAGUCACAAGCAAACCAAAGAGCUCAUCGUUUAUGUUGACAUCAAAUCGGUGGCAUUAAGUGACAUCUUGAGAGAGGUUCUGAAAGACAUUCGAACCGUGAACCUCGAUGCGGAUCGGCCUGCGAUUGAGCGUGAUCUUUUAUAUCACUACCUAGAUGAACUUAGAGACCGCCACAAAAGGCUUCACUCCCAAGAAGCAACCUCUGAUGAUGCUAUGCUUCACUUAAGCAAACUUAUACAGCACCUUGAAGAAACCUAUGCACCGGUGGUAGAGCAAUUGAAGCUGCUCCAAGAAUCUCAAAAAAUCACAUGGGAUCUCAUGUGGGCUUUGCUUAAACCAGGAACGCUAGUCUUUGCGAUUUGCCCCUCCACCGGCCUGCCACGAUGCAUUCGAUACGAUUAUAUUGAGAAGAAAACCAUCAGAGGCCGUGAAUUUCUUGAAGUCAAUGGACGAUAUCUCGAUUAUGAUGGAGAAGUUUUCGGUGAAUCGACCGAGACGCUGCAGAUUGGAUCUUUUCGAGGAGCCAAGCAGAUCCAUACCUUGCCUGUCUAUCCACUGAGCUACCACACCGACCCAAAUAUCUGGUCACGGCUGGUGUGCAAUGGUCGCCGUUUCGUUUCCCUGAUCGGCAGCCACCAUCGUGAGUACUGCGGAAAUAUGUUCAUCCCAGACAAGAACAGAUUAUUGAAGUUCCAUGUGCAUGGAAGGAUCAUGGUCGAUGCUGCCAUUUUCCGCAAGACGAAUCCAAACUAUCCGAGGUUAGAAAUCAAAAAACCGGACACGGUCGAUUUUUUCUUCGAACAGGUGAAACAGGGUGGACCAGAAAGCCGGAUUCGAGGCAAGGAUAUCGACUUCAGUGCGAUGAAAGAAGAGGACCUCGCAAUUUGUAGCCCGACAGUGCUGGGGUUCUCCUUGAACGAAAAAAUCUGGGGAGAAUUCGGUGUGGAAAGUAUCAAGGAAAUCACGUUCUCGAAUGCCCCUUUUGACAUGUUAACGGUUCCUGAAGAUAAGAAAAAAGUGAUCAAGUCUCUUGCGGAAAGCCGUGUCAGCACUAGGUAUGAAGACACGUUCGAUGAUAUCAUUGCAGGAAAAGGGCGAGGGGUCAUCAUUCUCUUACAUGGCCCACCAGGUGUUGGGAAGACACUUACUGCCGAAGCCAUCUCUGAACGGCUUCAAAGGCCUCUCUAUUCAAUCUCGUCUGGAGACCUGAGUAUACGGGCGGAGGAGCUUGAGGCGCAGCUCACCCGUACCUUUCAAGUAGCUAGUGACUGGAAAGCGGUCCUGCUCCUCGAUGAAGCGGAUGUGUAUUUGCAAAAAAGAGACGGUUUCCAUUUAGAACGAAAUCGUCUGGUUGCGACAUUUCUCCGCACGCUUGAAUAUUAUGAUGGAAUCUUUUUCCUCACGACCAACAUGCUGGGGGAUUUCGAUUCAGCCAUCCUCGAUCGAAUCCAACUCAAACUGCAGUACGACGAUCUAGAUCGAUCGGCCAGAAAGUCGGUUUUCCAGCACUUUCUGAGGGAACAUUCGCCAGAUAUCGAGGAAGAAGCCUUGACACAGUUCUCCGAGGUUAAGCUAAAUGGUCGCCAGAUCAAAAACGUUGUAAAAAUAGCCCAUAAUGUUGCGAUGAGCGAAAACACACGAGUGUGUGCAAGUCAUCUGCGCCUAGCUCUCACACAAAGUGGAUACAGUAUUCCUCAAGGUGUCUUGGCGUCUGAUGAUAACUUGUAUCACGCCCAGCUGGCCAAAACAAGUUUCCAUGUCUUGUCACCAGAACGUGCCUUGUCAACACAAGUCGAAAUGUCGCAGAAAGAGCUACAUGAAAUACGCAAGCGCCUUGAAGAAGCAGAAAGACGACGAGAAGAAGCAGAAAGACGACAACAAGAAGAACAGCAACGACGAGAGGAAGCAGAACGACGACAAGAAGAAGAACAACGACGACGAGAGGAAGCGGAACAGAACCUAGACCGAGAAAGACUACAAACUCAAAACACAACACUCCCUGAAUUUCUCGACGCGUGCCACGAACAUCUCUUCCUCGGUCUGACGAUCCAGAAGGACAAGAAGUCGUCAACAAAGGGUGAUCCUGCCAAUGCGGACCGCAAGUUGCGACCGAGCAGAAUCCAGGAAUGGACAGAUUUUCCACGCGAGCAGAUGGCAAUAUGGGCGGACCUCAUGGAUGCAGAUUUUGUUACUGAACGCCAUUUUACACCGUUGCUAGCGCUGAGGGAAUCCGGAAAGGAAAUAACGAAACGAAUGCACGGUUCCGAACUCGACAUCGGAUAUUUUCAACGCGAGACUGUGGAGUCGCGUGUUGCGUCCGUUAUCGAAGAGCUCUAUGCCAGCCGGCAACUGCGGCGAAAAUUCAACCUUCGCGGAAACGUGACUUUCGAAAACCAUGCCAACACACUGACGGAUGAAUCCAGAAUAGUCACAGACAUGAGCUCUCUCAGUUUGGAGCAGGAAGGACCUCGUCGCUCAGAGCGCCUAGCAAGACGGUCGAGGGACACCUCUAGGUCAACAUCACGGGUGAGAAGACAAACAACCGCACAGCCACGCCGGCCUCGUCCUCGAGCCGACCAGUUUUGCGUUUACAAUCGAGGGCCGGACGAGAAGGUUCCGUCCUUUCUCAUCGAAUACAAAGCCCCGCAUAAGCUGUCUCUCGCCCACAUCAAAGCCGGACUACAAGACAUGGAACUUGACCGCAUCGUGCGAUACCAGAAAGACGAAUCGCCAGAGGACAUCUGCCGUCGUGUUGUCGCCGCAGUGGUUACACAGCUCUCCAACUAUAUGUACGACAGUGGUAACGAGUACGGCUGCAUAGCCACAGGCGAAGCGUUCAUAUUCCUUCGCGUGCCUCAUGAUAGUCCUUCGACCGUCCUUUACUAUCUAUCAGUACCGAAAGAAGAUGUUGGCAAAACCACUGGUUGGCCCAGAGAUGACAAUCGGCUACAUCUAACUGCAGUCGGCCAGCUGUUAGCUUUCACCCUGCGAACUCUGCGAACUUCUCCACGGGAUAUCACUUGGAGAAACUGGGCCAGAAGUCAAUUGCAAACAUGGGAAAUGGUAUAUGAUGACCUCCUGGAGGAAAUUGAGGAGAAAGACAUUCCAGCUUCUGACUACAAGCCACCGCUCAGCCGAUCGAGCUAUUGCCGCCAGUCUCCCGUGAAGACGAGGUCAAAGUCUGUGAUGGCCAUAUCCUGUGAGCCAACGCAAGAAUCACGAUUAUCGGAUCAUGAAGACGAUGCCGAUGAUAGCCUGGACCCAUCCACUCCCAGUCGAGCGCCUCGUGACUCUCGGUUUCCUCAGCAUCAAGCCACAGCCGCCACAACCCGAAUAUCGACCAGAUCCCAACAAUCGGAUUCGAAAGGCAAGUCUCGAAAGUACUGUACUCAACAGUGCCUUCGCGGCUUGCACUGCAAGGGACCACUAGAUAGGAAAUGUCCCAACGCGAGCGAGCACGGAGCCGAUCGACAUCGACUUAAUACCGCGAUGCUUAUCAAAUUAUUGGAUCGACAGCUCUCUGAGGACCCAGACCCUAACAAAGAGCUCGGAUGCGAAUCACUUCAUAUACAUGGCUCGCGCGGAGCUCUUUUCAAGAUCACUCUCUGGUCGCAUGGGUAUACCUUUGUUGGGAAAGGUGUUCCGAUCGACUUCAUCAAGUGUGCCAGGCAGGAGGAGGUGAUAUACUCUCAUCUCCGUGCGAUUCAAGGACAGUAUGUCCCAAUUGUCUUUGGCGGUAUCGAUCUUUGUCGACCAUUUUCAUACGAUGGUAUCGCCAUGAUGGCUCACUUAACUCUGAUGAGCUAUGCUGGGAGAAACCUGGCCAGACAACACGAAAUCGAUGAGACGAAGCUCCUUGAACAGGCUGAGACGUCUUUACGUGCCAUUCACAAUCUUGGUGUUCUCCACAGCGAUCCAAUCCCGGGGAACAUGAUAUGGAAUGAGGAGAACCAACGGGUCAUGUUCAUUGAUUUCGAGCGAGCGCAAUAUCAAAGACGGACACCACUUGGCCCUAUUGCUGCCAAUCAAAAAAGGAAACGGGUGACCACCGUCUGGGAUAAAAGCCCAAAUAAGCGACCCGAUUUGUUUAACCGGGAAUUGUCACAGAUGAGGUCUGAACUACGAUAUUGA